CAAAAAAGCUUCAUAGAAGACUUAUUAAAUAAAAAAGAAAAAACAACUCUUCAACGAAGAACAACAAGCUUCUGUACGGGAGAUACAGAAGAAAUUGGUUGGGUAGAAAUAUCAAGUGCUUUUCGCCGGACUGCAAAGAUGUUUGAAAAUAGAUUAUCUGAAAUCCCCGGACCAAAAAAGCAAAAUCGACGAUUUUCUGUCACUUCUAAUACUGAUACCGAAAAACCUGAAAGUUCUGAAAGUCAUUCUUUCUUUCAUACUUAUGUGGCCUCGCCACUUCAAACAUUCUUUCGUUCUUAUAUAGUCCGGCCGUCAAGAGAAAGCCCUUUAAUAUUUUCUUCUGUCAUCAUAAUUAUUUUGUCAACCCUACUUCUUUUUAUUCUUUUGGUCGGUAGUUCUAAAACUAUUUUUUUGUCAAAAUUCAUUUUUGAUUCAAAGAUAUCAUUUAUUACGAAAACAAACGAUAUUACAUUCACUCUAUAUGGACAUUGUGUGGAUGAUAAAUGUACUACUCCUUCACUAGUUAAUAAUUUUGACAAAGUACCCUCCUCUUCGGAAAUUAAUAAUAAAUCAUCAAAUCGCAAACGUCUCGAUAUCCCAAAUGUCCCAACCCCUUCAAUCCCAACUCCUUCAGUUCCCGAUGUUCCUUCUAGUGUAGGUCCGGCUGCUUCGGCCGUUAGUAGUGCUGUCAACGAUGCUGCAAAUACUGCUGUGAAUGCUGCACAGGAUAUUGCUGCAAAAGCCCAGGAAUUAUUAUCUAAGCUAUUAAGCUCUUUCGAUAACUUUAAACCAAAAAGUCCCACUUCUAAUAUUGCGGGGUUUUUCUCAAUUCCUUAUCUAUUAGCUUUUAUAUUUAAUAUAAUUUCAUUACCUUUUCUAUACUUUAAUAUUACAAUGAUUGCUACUUACAUCAUAGUAGCUUCUGCAUUUCUUAAUAUUCUCGCUUGUGUUUUUGAUCUCUUACUUUUUGUUUGGGUCUUUGACCUUAUUUCUAUUAUUCCUGGUAUUGGAAGUCAACAAACCGGCCCUGCCAUUUAUUUGGCUGCUUUGAGCGCUGCUUUACUGACUGUUGCUGUUAUAUUAUUAAGUAUUAGCUCAUGUUGUAAUUCUGUCAGGAGCACUGGUAAAUUCGUAAAGAAUUUAAGAAAGACAAAAGUUAAUGAUGCUGAACAAGGAAAACAAGGGACACACUAUAAUUAUUUUUAA